AUGGCACUGGGCGCCUCAUACGGGUACCUUCCUCUUGUAACUCUCUCUGGACGAGUUGGAUCAGACACACCAAUUGUCGGUGAGCAGAGUGGCCUGGAAGCUGUAACACAGAUCUUUCUGAAGAAGCAGGAGGAGGAUGUUAAGGAAUACAUGGUGGUAAAGAAGACGAAGGAUGAAGAUGGUACUGAAAUGAUAAUGGUCAGGAAGAAGGAAAAUGAUAAUGAACGAUGGGUUCAAUGUUCAGAGCAGAUAUCUUCUAAAAGAAAAGAGGUUCCUUGGUACCUGGAUGAUGGUACUGGGCGUUUGGAGGUUGUUAGGGCUCAUAAUGCAGAUGGCUCUAUAUUACGCCUUGAAAGUGUGGACUUUGAGAAGCAACCUCGAACAUGUGGAUGUGAAUGCUCAAUCAAGAUACUUGGACUAAGGAGAACUGAGUGGACUCUUCCGACAGGCACUAACUUAACUGUCGUUGGCGAGGCUGUUAAAGGUAAUUCUGGAGAAAUUCUGAUCAAACGUCCAAGAAAUGGCGGGCCGUUCCACGUUUCAAGAAGUAGCAUUGACAAAAUUGUCUCAAAUCUUGGCAGUGACGCGAGGUGGUGCCAGUUUUGGGCCGUGACAUUUGCAACUUCUGGCGCAUUUCUUCUUGGAAUUGGAGGCUAUGCAAUGUGCUGA